CAAUUUUCAACCAAAGAAAGAAGAAAAACAUUGAGUUGACCCAAGGAAUCCAAAGGGCACCGACUAAGUCCAAAAGAAGAAAACAUAAAAUAAAAAAAAAAAGAUAUUACCAAGGCACAAAAAUCCGGCAAAAACCGUACUUAACAUACCCCAUGGCCAUGACACGUGUCAACAACAUAGAAUACCAAAGUACCAUCAUUAAUUGACACUCUUAUACAAACUAUCAACCGUUCGUACCGAGAAACCGAAUUGACCAAAUCAAAUUAAAUUAACUUCAUCAUACGUUGCUUUCUUUCCUUAAAACAAACUAUACGGCACUGCACAACUCACCCUCUUAGAUAUUAUUCUGCCAUUUGAUUGAUUUUGUUCUAAACUGGUGGAGGGAGAGUUCACUUGCUACCUCAUCAUGAAUCUUUUCUACUACUUCAAUCUUUUUCAAAAUACUGGUGUCUCGUUAACUUGGUUUCAAGUUUAUGAAAAGAGUGGUUGACGGGUGCCAAGAACUUUGCUAUGCUCAAAAAAUGCAUUGAUUCAACCUCAAUUGUGCAUGGAAAUAUGCUUUGGGCUUUGGCUUCUCUCUGGGCUUUUUUCUGCAACCAUGUGCUUUCCUCCUUGGUCUUCAUGCUCAGAUACUUAUUCAGGUUUGAGAUUGAAGAAAGGAAAAUAGAGCAUGCUGGUGAAACUAGGAAGAAUGAAUCUGAAGAUUAUGAGAUUGAUGGAUUUGCAGAAAAGCUUGUUAAUUUGAUGUUUCCGAGUGGCGAAGAAAGAGAAGACGAAACAGAGUGCUCUGUUUCCGUGGAAGCUACUACUUUUGUGUCUGAUGUUCAUAGCGACAAAAAAAGCGCAGAAACAGAUGAACAGUGCUCAGCCUUGAAGGAGAAAGAUCCCGAAACCGGUGGAGUUUGUGAGGAAAGUGAAGGAGAAAAAGAAGGAUCUGAUUCUGCGGAAGCUGAAGCUGUUUCUUAUGUUGAUGGAGAUGUUAAGAAAAUAAGUGAGAGUGAAACAGAGUACUCUGUUUCCAAGGUUCAUGAAAAUGGUGACUCUGUUACAAGUACAACCACAAGCAAGUAUGAAUUCAUGGCAAGAAGAGAUAUCAGUGUUUUCGUACAAGAACCAACCGUCUUGACCUUUAGUUUCCGCGAGUUUUAUGGCGAUCCAACUGCUUCCGCUCUUUCUUCUGCUGGUGCAUUUGCUCAAGAACAAGAACAAGAAGAAUAUUUUCAAGAACAGAUAACUUCUUCCCCUUCCGAUUCACUCCUUGAUGAUUCUCUUCAAGGUUCAGAAGAAACCUUGGUAGAAGAUAAUUUGGAUGAACCAGAUUUAGAAGAAGACUACGACGAAGAAGAUGAUGACUUGGACUGGGAAGAAGAUGAUGAUGAAGACGAGGACGACGAUGAUGACGAGGACGAUGAGUUGUUGCAACAACUGAAAAUGGAAAUGCGGAUUGCAAAACAAGGAGGACUUGCCACUAUUUUAGAAGAGGAAGAGGAAGAGGAAAAACAAGAAAAAACUGAAUCUCCAUCAAAAGCUAUUGAAGAUCUAAAACCAUUGAAGAUAGAAGACAAGAAGGUGGAAUACAAGGAUCACAUUCUUCAAAUUCAGAAGGUCUACAAGAGCUAUGCAGAGAAGAUGCGCAAACUCGAUGUCUUGAAUGACCAAACCAUGCAUGCAAUAGGUCUUCUUCAGCUAAAAGACCCUCCAAAGCUAUUUAUAAUGGCAAAAUCUACUGUCAAAGGUGGCAAGGCUCUUGUAUCUCAGAAUUUGUGGCCACGCAAAGCAGAGAAGCAAACAUCAGACCCCAUGUUGAAGUUUGUUCAAGAACUUCAUAGAGACUUGGAAUUGGUGUAUGUUGGUCAAGUUUGUCUCACUUGGGAAAUCCUUUGUUGGCAGCACAACAAAGCUAAAGAGCUUCAACAGCAUGAUUCACCAUGGCCUCACAGUUAUAAUCUAGUUGCUGGUGAGUUUCAGCUCUUUCAAGUCCUCGUGGAAAGGUUCCUAGAGAAUGAACCAUUUCAAGGCCCUAGGAUCCAGAACUACGUCAAGAACCGAUGCGUCGUUCGCAACCUUCUCCAUGUUCCAGCCAUUAAAGAUGAUAAUAGGAAGGACAAGAAAAUAACCAAGUGGGGUGAAGAAGAGGAUGCAAUUGCAAGUGGAAAGUUACUGGAGAUCAUCAAGGAAUCCAUGCAGGUUUUCUGGGAGUUUGUUCGAGCAGACAAAGAUUACCAGAAUGUGAUACCUAAAGUUUCCAAGAAAAGAAUUGGAAAUGAUGUUAGUGAUCCAGAAAUUUCAGAUCUUCUUGUGGACAUUAGAGCUCAAUUGCAAAAGAAGGAGAAGAAGCUCAAGGACAUAGUGAGAAGUGCGAGUUGCAUAGUGAGGAAGUUCCAGAAGCACAAAAAUGAGGAUCAAAUUCAAGUGGAUCAUGAGCAGUUUCUAGCUCAAAUGGGGUUGAGAUUGAUUUCUAGGGUGGUGAACAUGAAAAGAUUGAGAAAAGAUCAAUUAGAAUGGUGUAGUGAAAAACUAAAUAGAAUCAAAUUUGUUGGUACAAAGAUUCAAGUUGAGCCUUAUUUUCUGCUUUUUCCAUGUUGAUUGGGCCAAUUUCUUUUUCUACUCACAUGUAUCUAGAGAUCUACUAUUUGUGUAGAAAGUGGACUCAUGUACUUAAUAUAUUUCGUAUUGUAUAUAUGCAGAGUAUAGGCUUCUUGUUCAUACAUUAAUUUUGACUACUAAUUGGAAUGUUAAAACAAUUUUUUGGCAUCAUA